UUUUUUCCUUUUGCAAUACAAAUCGAAGCCAACUGGGUUAUCACAUCGUCUGCCACAGGAAACUCUUUCGUUGCUGUAGAUGACAUUUCCCUUAGUGUGGAAUGCUUUGAUAAAGAUGGACAACUGUCACCAGUGCAUAAUUGGACUUCUAUGACCGUGGAUUCUUGCGGUUCGACUGGUACUCAAGUCAUUCGAGCGGAAAGAUGUCUUCAAAGGGGUCAUAGACAAGAUGGACAACUGUCACCAGUGCAUAAUUGGACUUCUAUGACUGUAGAUUCUUGCGGUUCGACUGGUACUCAAGUCAUUCGAGCGGAAAGAUGCCUUCAAAGGGGUCAUAGACAAGGUCCAUAUCAAUACCUCAUAGUUGAUCAUAGGGAACAAAUUUGGACCGUUCCUGAAACUCUUCCCUAUAGGUGGUUGUACUAG